UCCGUGACAGAGUUGUGCGGCCUUAAUAAAUUUCAAGAUGUCGGCAGCUCCAAGUCAAGGUGUUGUGGUUCCUCGCAAUUUUCGUUUGUUGGAAGAAUUGGAGCAAGGUCAAAAAGGAGUUGGUGAUGGUACAAUUAGUUGGGGAUUAGAAGAUGAUAGUGAUAUGUCAUUGUCACGUUGGACUGGAAUGAUAAUAGGUCCACCUCGAACACCAUAUGAAAAUAGAAUAUAUAGUUUAAGGAUUGUUUGUGGUCCACAUUAUCCUGAUGAACCACCUAAUGUUAAAUUUAUUUCAAAAAUAAAAAUAAAUGGUGCAAAUGAAACUAAUGGAGUAAUAAAUCAAGAAAAUUUAUCAGUUCUAAAUCAUUGGCAAAGAAAUUAUUCCAUCAAAACAGUACUUCAAGAAUUACGUAGGUUAAUGACUUUACGGGAGAACCAAAGGUUAACUCAACCACCUGAAGGAGCGACAUUUUAGAAAGCUUUUGAUUUUUUUUAAUUACAGACAAUUUUGCUCUUGAUAAUGUUGAGGUAGAAGUUUCUUUAAAGGGAAAGUAUAGCUCUCUAGAUAUCAUUUGCACUAACCUGCUGUGGGCUAGACUGUAGUAUUGAUUAAAAAUUUUCAAGUUUAUAAUAUAAUACAAGAGAGAAUAAAAUAACAUGCUUUUUACUGAUGCCAGGAUUUCAAUUAAAUGGAAAUAUUGUGAACACGAGAUUUAAAAUUAUGUUGAAUCAUCCACAAUUUAAUUUUUAAAAAUAUUUAUCUAAUCUUGAAUAUAAUGUUUAUCAAACAAUUUUAAGUUUUAUAUUUAUAUAUAAAUAUAUACAUCUAGUAUGUUUGUGAAAUUUAUAUGUUUAAAUAUCAUCACAAACAAAGCCUGUAAGAUUUAAAAAUAUGAAACUUAAUUGAUAUUUAUCAUGUUCUGGUUAUAUAAAUUGCAGUAAAAUUGUUAUCCUUACCAUAAAAGAUAUUUAUUUUAUGUUGAUUCAACAUAAUAUAUAAUUCUCUUGUACAUUAUUUCUUUGAAGAUCCUCAUCCAGUUAGUCAUUUAUUAUAUCCUCCCCUUGUAAAUAUGAAACUGAAUGCAGACUUAGAUUAUCAAGAGUAAAUUUUGAAAUGAUUUUGAUGUGCUCUUGUAUAUUUCUUGUCUAAAAUUAAAACUAAAAAAAAAAAGACAAAAAAUGAUGUUCUCUACUACAUCCAAUUGCUUUCCAAAUGCAGUGCACCAUAGCAAAUAAGCCUACAA